UAAAGAUUAAAGAACAACUAUAGUCUACAGGCCACAAGGACGAACCAAACAGUAUUAUCUCUUGGUUCUCGCGAUAUUUGCAUAAUGCAUAAUAACUUCGCCAGAUAAAGCGAAAAAAUCAUUGACUACUAUUCUUACCUACCUACGUCGCAGUUAUUAGUUAUUUUUAAUGCACAUGUGUACGUACAAAGAAAUAUUCGACCGUCCAGCAAGCUCAGUGAUGGUUAUGUAAGUUGUCGUGAUUUCUUUGUAUUCCGGUCGACUCACAAUUGUCAUUAUUAGUCAUUCGAUUGAGUUUAAUUAGAACGAUUGUAUUUUCCGAACUAACUACGACGAACGAACGUUCUUAGUUUCGUCCACAUUCGACAAUAUGGCUGACCUGAUGUUUGAUUAUCAGUUCCGUUUGAUACUGAUCGGUGACAGUACGGUGGGCAAGAGUUCGUUGUUAAAAUUUUUCAACGAUGGUAAAUUCGUCGAGGUGUCUGAUCCAACAGUUGGCGUGGAUUUCUUCGCUAGAACAAUACAAAUACCCAGCGGUCCACGCAUAAAAUUACAGCUAUGGGAUACAGCUGGCCAAGAGCGAUUUAGAUCAAUUACAAAAUCCUACUACCGAAAUUCAGUAGGCGCUCUGUUAAUAUAUGACAUAACAAAACGAGCCAGUUUUGAUCACAUACCUGUUUGGAUGAAUGAUGCCAAACGACACAUUGAACCUCAUCGACCCGUAUUUGUCUUAGUUGGGUGCAAAUUAGAUUUGGUAAAUAAUGGUGCUAGUAAGAGGGAAGUGACUGAAGAAGAAGCCAAACAAUUUGGUGCAGAACAUAAUAUAUUCACUGUCGAAACAUCUGCAAAAACUGGUUCUAAUGUUGAAUUGGCAUUCUCUGCUAUCACCCAAGAAAUUUAUCAGAGGAUAAAAAGUGGUGAAUACCAAAUGGAAGAAGGUUGGGAUGGCAUUAAAAGUGGCUAUUCACAUCAUUCAGCUAGUAUUGAUUUUAAUAACUAUAUCGAAGCUGAACCAGCUAAGUCAUGCUGUUAAAACUUGAAUCCCCUUAACAAAGCUUACUAUUCUUUUUUUUUUAUCUUUAACUAAGUAACAAUUUUAUAAAACAAA